AUGAGUACUACGGGAAGUACGGCCAAUACCAACACUCCUGUCGGGACGACAACGACACAGACCAGAGUGAGCAACUCUACUCCUGCGACGGAUGAUGGAGACGCCACCGGUCUGCCGAAAUUGGCCAGGUUCGACCCAGAGGUCAUGCGACUGGAGACUUGGAGCAUCCAGUUCGACAGCCACAUGGAGUCGUACGCCAUGGCCGACGACAAGAAGAAGCCUCUCUUGCUGGGAUCACUAAACCCGAAAGCGAUGGAGAUGUUGGCUUCAAUGUGUCGCCCGAAGGAGCCGGUACCAGCUAACGGCAAUGCUACAAUUGAAAGCGGGUCUGUCAGUGCGCGACGCUUAGAAGCUGCGCUACCCAAGGUGCCACGCUUUGAAGCUGCACCAGAUGCACUUCCGGCGCGACGCUUUGAAGCUGUGCCAGAGAUUAAAGAACAACAAAGUGCAUUACCACCAGUGCUAGUACAACCGGAAGCAACACCUCCGAUCCCUCAAGCUCCAGUGCAAGUACCACUUGCCCCACCAGUAAAGAAAAAGCCUGCCCCGAAAGUACCAAAAGCUAAAAGCAGUUCAAACGAACCUGGUAAUCCAGGUCAUACAAGAAGUGGGCGCCAAGUAAAAGAACCUGACAGAUAUGGAUACAACGCGAAGAACUAACAAUUACGAGAAUUGGUCGAGUAUUAAGUACUGUACAUAUUGUAAAUAAAAAGAAAUUACAUAUUAUUUUAAUAUUAACGAUAUUCAUUAGCAACCGAAAACUGUUGCGAAUUAUAGAUGCAGUUUUUCAUUCGUAGUUGUUAUGCAGAUAUUUUUCUUAGUUUUUCUGUAAACAGUAGAAAACAUGCCUAAAUUUCCGAAAGCUAAACUGUUGAUGCGAUUCAAUACGUGCACUGGUAAUGCGAUGUUAUACCAGAGUUCUAGAUCUUCAAGGAAGUGUUAUAACUGCGGCCGCCCCGGUCAUUUGGCUAAGUAUUGCCAUAAUUCGAAGCCAACAGAAGAGAAAUCGAAUGGUGACACAGCGAAUUGGCGACGGGAACCGAAGGCAGCGGACGAUGAAGCGGGAUCAUCAAAGGAUCUAGAAAAGGAGCCGACCGAUAACAUGGAUAUCGAUCCUCCAGGUAGUGCGAGAGAUAAUUUGCUGCAGGCCGUCAAGGAUGCCACCACGCAGCUGGGCAACAUUAAAGUCGUGAAGCCACUGCCACCUCCAGCCAAGCCAGCGAAGGAGUCUCUUCCACUUAGUGUUAAUUCUAAUGCUCCUUCCGUCAAUGCCUAAUUUUUUUUUAUUGAUUUUCGCUUAUUUAUGAUUCGAUUUAAUUAUUACGUUUUUCAAUCUUAUUGUGAGGGUGUGCAGUACUGUGCUACCGCUUAGCAACGUAACUAUGCAAGCACGAUGUUUAUGAGCAGAAGACCAGUUAGUCGUACUCA